GGUCAUCGGAUGGCGAAGGAUCGGCUGCAAGGGUUGGAGAUCCCAGGUCUUGGGCCCAUGGCACCGCCGCAGCGCUGUCCUCUGUGCCGCCAGACCUUCUUCUGUGGUCGCGGACACGUCUACAGCCGCAAGCACCAGCGGCAGCUGAAGGGGGCAUUAGAGCGGCUCCUGCCCCAGGUGGAGGCCGCCCGCAAGGCCAUCCGCGCGGCUCAGGUGGAGCGUUACGUGCCCGAGCACGACCGAUGUUGCUGGUGCCUGUGUUGCGGCUGUGAGGUGCGGAAACACCUGAGCCACGGAAACCUGACGGUGCUGCAUGGAGGUCUGCUGGAGCAUCUGGCCAGCCCAGAACACAAGAAAGCAACCAACAAAUUCUGGUGGGAGAACAAGGCUGAAGUCCAGAUGAAAGAGAAGUUUCUGAUCUCUCCCCAGGAUUAUGCUCGAUUCAAAAAAUCCAUGGUGAAAAGUUUGGAUUCCUAUGAGGAAAAAGAGGACGAAGUGAUCAAAGAGAUGGCUGCCCAGAUUCGUGAGGUGGAGCAGAGCCGGCAGGAGGUGGUCAGAUCUGUCUUAGAGGUUGGUUUCCCUCGGAGGAUCCAGAGCAGUAUCCAAUCCAAAUCCACUGAUCCCUCACUUCCCCAGCCUCAGGCAGAGCCAGACUCAGAAGAGAGCUCCUCAGCACUUGGAAGCUGGAAAGGGAGAAACAGCCAAGUAGCCUCCAGCUCACAGCAGCCCUCAUUCUUGGACCAGCCACCAGCUCCAGACCUUGACUGGAUGGAAGCAGUACAGCCUCUAACAUUCAUUGGCCAUCAGGAUACACCUGGAGUUGGUAACAUUCACUCAGGUGCCACACCUCCCUGGAUGAUCCCAGAUGAGGAAUAUAGCCCUGGGAACCAACAAAUAGGACCCUCCUAUGAAGAAUUCCUUAAAGAAAAGGAAAAACAGAAACUGAAGAAACUGCCCCCAGACCGAGUUGGGGCCAAUUUUGAUCAUAGCUCCAGUACCAGUGCUGGGUGGCUGCCCUCUUUUGGCAGAGUCUGGAAUAAUGGACGCCGCUGGCAGUCUAGGCAUCAAUUUAAAACUGAAGCUGCAAUAAAGAAUAAACAAAAGGAAAAAAAAUAAUCAUUUCAAGAAAACUCUUCAAAAUCACCAUAAGGCUUGUCAAAGUAGUCAACAAACCCUAUUAUUCCUUCCACCAAAUCCUUUCCUAAUCCCUUUUUUAGAAAACAGACAUACCCAUUCAUUUGAUUUUAAUAAAAUUUUAUUUUUCCAAAUGUA